AAGCUGGUCUCCAGAAAUGCGCCUGUCUCAGCGUGGCCUUUGCACUCCUCCUCGUGAGAGGGGAGGGGAGUGGCUCUGGGGCUGAAGGGAGGGCGGGGACUUCACGAGAGUCCCUUGCCGCUGCCCCCUCCGCCCCACUCCGCCUGUGGGUCGACACAGCCCCGCAGCCCGGGUUUCCAUUGCGCGCUCUCCUCGGAUCUCCCCGUCGCUCGCUCGGCCUGGAUCUCCGGGGCGGCGCCGCAUCGGGGCCCGCCCCGAGACUGCUCGCUCCCAGAACUGGCUGGCGCCCCGGCCGACCGGGCCAUGUCCGUGGAGCCUGAGCUCAUUGAACUGCGGGAACUGGCGCCCGCGCCGCGCGCCGCCCCAGGUCGCACCCGUCUGGAGCGCGCCAACGCGCUGCGCAUCUCGCCGGGCACAGCACGCAACCCAGCCAGGCAGCCGGUCCCGGGCCACGGCCACCGCUUCCAGCCCGCGGGGCCCACUACACACACGUGGUGCGACCUCUGCGGCGACUUCAUCUGGGGCGUCGUGCGCAAGGGCCUUCAGUGCGCGCAUUGCAAGUUCACCUGCCACUACCGCUGCCGCGCGCUCGUCUGCCUGGACUGCUGCGGGCCCCGGGAUCUGGGCUGGGAACCGGCGCUGGAGCGGGACACGAACGUG